ACAGGGAUGAUGAUGCUCUACGCUGUGCUCCUCUGUGGGCUCUUAAUGUGGACACUCCUGUUCUCGGUCAUGGGCUUGCUUGCGAGCAGUGAACUCAGGCUAAAAUUCCGCAUCUUUCAUGAAGUUGCUGUUCAGGCUCACAACAAAACCGUAGACCCGAUCGCAGUUGCCCAGUUAGCUGAGGCAAAGAAGAGGAUAUUGGAGGCCGAGCGAAGUCCUCACAUGAUGCCGAUGAACCGCCUCCAAACGAAUCUUUUGGAGAUCUGCGAUAUGAUCAAGAGAAAUCCCUGUGAGAUCUGGCAACCAGACAGUUGCCCCUCCUGGAGGCCGGGUUGUUACAACCGCCCUCCUGCAAAAAUAUGCCCUCCCUGGAUACCGAGCUGCAAAGUACCCAUUCCGCCAAAGACGUGUUGGUAUAAGCCAGGUCAGUCCUGUCCGCCGCCUUUGGGUGCAUAUUGCCACGGAAGUGGUUGGUGUCAACCAGGCAGCAAAUGCCCCAGUGUUCCAUCGACACUGCCAGAUCAAAAAACUACGAAAACGGCAAGCACAUCGAAAACUCAAACUUCAAAAAGCUUGAUUACAACUAAUCCAAUAACAACAACUUCCACAACAACGGGCCCAACAACCAAAACAACUACAACUACUACUACUACUACAAAAACAAAACGAAGUUCAAGCACUUCCACUUCAAAGCAUAAAAUACAAUAUACCACUGUUUCCCUAACAACUUCAUCCGAACCAAACGAAUGCGGAAGACCAGGAGCCCCAGGGGGACCCUAUGGUCCAGGCGGUCCUAUGGGUCCUGGAGGGCCUGGCGGUCCUGCAGGUCCUGGUGGUCCGGGGGGGCCUGGUGGACCGGGAGGACCCGGCAUGCCUUGGGGUCCAGGAGGACCAGGAGGGCCUGGUGGUCCAAACGGACCAGGAGGACCUGGUGGUCCCGGAGGGCCUAGCGGGCCGGGAGGUCCAGGAGGACCAUGCGGUCCAGGAUGUGAAAAAAUCAUAGGAAAAAGGACACCUCGAAGGCGAAAAUGUUGUACAAAAACUAAGCAUGCAUUUCGUCGAUCACGAAUACAUUUUAACCACUCACAGAGAGCUCACUUACCAGUUGGUCCACUUGCAGAAGAACAUUUUACUAAGGAUCCUUUAAAUGACAGUGGAAGCAGCAAAAAUAUUCGCCAAAAUGGCACUUUACUGCAAGUAAAAAAGACUUUAAAGUCGGACAGCCCCAAUCGGAACGAUGAACUAUGGAGAUCUGCUCAUAAAAGGAUUUCCGUUUUCGAUGCAACAUCACGCAAAAUAAAUAGAAAUAUGCAUCUAUUUAGAAGUGAAACUCAAGAGAACUGCAUCGUUGCACAUGUCCUUAAAUCGUUCAAUGAGGAAGAGAAAAAAAAGUUAGGUUAAAAUGA